CGUGUUCGAUGUCCGAGGGCCGCAAUCCGAGCCCUGCUGUGACAUUAAUGAGUGCUUCAGUCUCGAAAUAUAUUAAUUCAUAGUAGUGCUGUUCAUCGAACAAGAACCUAGUCUCCUUCUUUUUCCAUCAAGAUGAGGAAAAAAAUUGAUAAUCGACUCAGAGUUUUAAUUGAAAAUGGUGUUGCUACAGGCCAUCGAACUAUGUUUGUGGUCGUUGGAGACAAAAGUCGUGAUCAGGUUGUCAUCCUGCAUCACAUGCUCUCCAAAGCUGCAGUCAAAGCUAGACCAACUGUCCUCUGGUGUUACAAGAAGGAAUUAGGGUUUACAAGUCAUAGAAAGAAGAGAAUGAAGCAUCUCCAGCACAAAAUCAAAGCAGGAAAGCUGAACAUUAAUGAAGAUGAUCCAUUUGAGCUAUUUGUAGCAUCAACAACCAUCCGUUAUUGCUACUACUCUGAAACCCAAAAAAUAUUGGGUAACACAUAUGGCAUGUGCAUCUUACAGGAUUUUGAAGCACUGACGCCUAAUUUACUUGCAAGGACAAUAGAAACUGUGGAAGGUGGUGGACUAAUUGUGUUACUACUAAGAUCCCUAAGUAGUUUGAGGCAACUGUACACAAUGAGUAUGGAUGUCCACGAGAGAUAUCGGACAGAAGCUCACACAGAUGUAGUGGCUCGUUUUAAUGAAAGAUUUUUGCUAUCACUUUCUUGCAAUCCUCGAUGUCUAGUCGUUGACGAUCAACUAACUGUUCUUCCAAUCUCAUCUCAUGCUUUGAAUGUCGUACCAGUGGUUAAACAGAAUUUGGAUACAAAAUCUAGCCAAGAGUUGGAAGAGUUAAAAGAGAAUCUUCGAGACACGCAGCCUGUUAGUGCACUCAUCAAUUGCUGUAAGACAUUAGACCAGGCAAAAGCUGUUCUGAAAUUUGUGGAUGCCAUAUCUGAAAAAACUUUACGCUCCACUGUAUCGUUGACAGCUUCCAGAGGACGAGGAAAAUCUGCAGCCCUUGGAUUGGCUGUCUCAGCAGCCGUCGCUUUUGGUUACUCAAAUAUUUUUGUAACCUCACCUUCACCGGAAAACUUGAACACAUUUUUCCAGUUUGUUUUUAAGGGAUUUGAUGCCAUGGCUUAUCAGGAGCAUGUCGACUAUGGUAUUGUCCAGUCAACCAAUCCUGAUUACAAUAAAGCCCUGAUCAGAGUGAACAUAUUCAGAGAUCAUCGACAGACCAUCCAGUACAUUCACCCAACUGAUCACCAAAGACUUGGACAAGCAGAGUUAUUGGUCAUUGAUGAAGCAGCUGCAAUCCCAUUACCGUACGUCAAAGCUAUGCUAGGGCCAUACUUGAUAUUUCUGGCAUCCACUAUCAAUGGAUAUGAAGGCACAGGAAGGUCAUUAUCUUUAAAACUACUUCAGCAACUACGGACUCGCACAGCUCCAAUUGGUACUGCAACUGCAGACAGUAAGAAGAACCAAUCAGUCGCCACUGGCCGCAGCUUGCAUGAGAUCACUCUUAAUGAAUCAAUUCGUUACAAGCCUGAUGACCCUGUAGAAAAAUGGUUAACUGAUCUACUUUGUUUGGAUGCCACUUCAAUUCAACCAAUCUCCUCUGGUUGCCCACCCCCAGAUGCCUGUGAUUUGUACUACAUCAAUCGAGAUACUUUAUUCUGUUAUCAUAAAGCAUCUGAAGCUUUCUUACAAAGGCUUGUAGCUCUGUUUGUUGCUUCUCAUUACAAGAAUACGCCAAACGAUCUCCAAAUGAUGUCUGAUGCCCCUGCCCAUCAUCUUUUUUGUCUGCUAGGUCCCGUAGAUGCGUCAAAAACAUCGCUACCAGAGAUUUUAUGUGCUGUUCAGGUUUGCUUGGAAGGACAAAUAUCAAAAAAAUCAAUUACAGAUGGAUUAUCCCGAGGAAAACGAGCUGCUGGUGAUUUAAUACCCUGGACUGUUUCACAACAGUAUCAAGAUAAAGAAUUUGCAAGUUUGGCAGGCGCACGAAUUGUAAGGAUCGCUACUCAUCCAGACUACCAGAGUAUGGGUUAUGGUUCAAGAGCCCUUUCAUUGUUGCGAAAGUACUAUGAGUUCAAAAUGCCAAGCUUAGAUGAAGAAAUGUUACCCUCUGAAGAAAUUCAAACAAUCGAAGAGGAUGAAGUGAAUUUGUUGGAAGAAAGAAUCGAGCCCAAGAAAAAGCUUCCUCCGCUGCUUUUCAAAUUAAGUGAAAGACCCCCUGAAAAUUUGGAUUAUGUCGGUGUAUCAUUCGGUCUCACAGCACCUUUAUUAAAGUUCUGGAAAAAAGCAGAGUUUGUGCCUGUGUAUUUAAGGCAAACAACAAAUGAAUUAACUGGCGAACACUCUUGCAUCAUGGUAAGCACUCUUAAUCAUGCAAGUGCUUGGAAUGACAAAAGUAGUAAAUGGCUUGCAGAGUUUUGGUUCGAUUUUAGGAGGCGGUUUAGCUCUUUACUUGGUUAUCAGUUUAGAAAAUUCUUGCCGUCUUUAGCCUUAAGUAUGAUUUCAAACAAAUCCAUACAAAUAGAAGACAGUUGUGUCUUGACGAGAGAAGUGCUUGAUGUGUAUCUUACCUCCUAUGAUGUUAAACGACUAGAAAUGUACAGUAAUAACUUAGUUGAUUAUCAUCUUAUAAUGGACCUUUUACCAACGUUAGCUAAAUUAUAUUUUCUGAAUAAAAUGGGAGAUGUCCAUUUAUCUGCGCUUCAGAGUGCAAUUUUGUUAGGACUUGGCUUGCAGUACAAAACAGUGGAAGAUCUUUCCACUGACUUGGAGAUACCAUCGAUGCAACUUCUUGGUUUAUUCAAUAGAGCUAUAAGGCGAAUAACGCAGUAUCUCUCUGGAGUGUUGGAACAGGCUGUUGAAAAAACUCUGAUAAAUCCAUCAGCACCUACAAAUAUGAAUCCAACAUCUGUAACUCUGCAGGAUGAAUUAGAAGAAGCCGCAUCUGAAUUACAAGCAACUCAAAUGAAAGAGCUCGCAAGGUUGAAGAAGGAAGAUCUCGGUCAAUUCGCAAUCAAAGGCUCAGAGGCAGAAUGGGAAGAUGUUCUCUCCACAGGGCCGCAAAAUCUCAUCUCUGUUAAAAGUGGCAUUAAAAGAACGAUAAAAACUCAAGAGGAGGAGCAGCCUGAAGAAGAACCGGAAACAAAGUUCAGUAAAAAAAAGAAGAAGGAACACAGUAAAGAAAAAAAUAAAAAACACAAAAAAUUUAAAAAGUAAAUUUCCCAGGGAUAUUCGAAUCCUUUUUCUGUAUUUUAAAAUUAAGUUCUUAUUUUUUUGGACAAGUCUCAUUGCUUACAUAUCAUACUAUCAGUAUGAUACUUACACAUACGCGAUUCUGCUUGUGCGUCUAAUCGAUUGGAGAAACAUAUCUAUUCUCUCCGAUUAUGUACUCUCAUGCACUUCUAUUGACUCCCUGUUUUCUCCAAAGUAUGUGUCACUACAAAUAAAAUAAAUGUACAUACUAAUUGUUAUAUCGCUGUGAUCAUUAUAUCUAAUCAUUUCAGGCAAAUUAGAUUUCUAAUUGGUUUUCUUGUUUGGAAAAAAUUCGCCAAAAUGUCAACUCUUUGAAGUGUUUUAUUCAUACGUAGCUUAGUAUGAAGGGACUG